AUGUUUUCCAAACAAUCACAGGUCGUCGAUGGCCAGAUUUGUGGUCGCUUUGUGGAGACUGUGGCCAAGGCUGCUGUUUCCUGGCAUCACAAGGGCGGAUCAACACCGGGAUUUGGGCCGCUGGAGCUUGAGAUGAAACUGAUCAGUGCGGUCGCUAUUCAAAUCCUUGCCAUAGCUUUGCGCGAAGCUUCCAAGCCUUGUGGCGUUAAUCCUAUCUCCCCACCGAUUGAGAUCAUCUGCAAUUGUACUGGACAGGAAGUUGGAAAGCCUGACAUUGAUUGGAAGGGCACUCUGAUUCUGGUUAUCUGUACUUCAUUUGCAGCAGGUGUAGGCUUGACAGCUGGCGAUAUGCAGAUAGACACAACUCGAGCAGACGUCGCGGGGGAGGAGUGCUUGAAAUCCCUGAUGCCAGGUAGGCGCAUUCUCCUCUGGUACACAGACGAUAAUGUCUGGCACGAGGCGAUGGUUGGUGUGGUAGCCACAGAUCGAUUGGCAGUGAUAUACACUCCAGACUCUGAUCUGUAUCUGGAGGACCUGACUUAUGGAUCUAGGUAUGGCCCAGCGAAGGUGAAGUCACUGAAUGCCAACCUCUCUCUGCCUAGAAACCUCAGAGCUCGUGCAUAUCGUUUCCGAGAGAAGUUGACGGAUGAUAUCAUCAAGGACGUCAUCAAAAGGUCAAUGGAGCUGGCUGAGAAGGAGGGACAUAUGCCCGCACGCCCAGUGAAGUUUGUUGAUGCAGCUGGCAAUGAGAGAUCACUGGAUGGAUUUCUUGGUGAUGCGGCACGUGGUGCCGAAGAGCGGCAUGGCGCUGAUGCUGGUGGGGGCACUCCAAAGAAUGCCAGGGUUGUCAGAGCCGCUGUUGGCGACAGUGUAUGGGUGGCAGCAGAACCCCUUGGAGGGCUCGUUUUGGGCCAAGAGGUGUCGCUGAAUGAGGAGACCGACGUCCAAUGUGGGGAUAGAUGCGCCCUUGCCUACCGCCAGGGUGAGUAUGUCAAGGCUGAGAUGGUUAGACUCAGCGAGGUAGUUGACUAUGCAGCUCGGCGACGUGCUCUUUUCACUGGCCCUGCUCGAGGCGAACCUGGCAGCGUGCAUGAAGCAGACAAGGCAAAUGAGGAUGGUGGGUCAGAUGUCAGGACCCUUUGGGUUGACUAUGAUGAACACGGCGAACGUUUCAAGAGAUGGAGAGACGUCGUCAAAGAGUCGCAUGUUCCCAGCUUCGAGGAGAAGCCACUGGAAGGGCCUGCUACAGCCCUGCACUUGAUCAAGCAUUCUGAGAAACAUGGAGGAGAUCCGCGUCUUUGGCUGCAGUUGUGGGCUCGGGCAAAGCACAUUGAACCAAGUGACCGAGUCCAUCACGAGUUGAAGGUGCUGACUGAUUGCCUGUUCUUUGCAGGAACGUUCGACCAGAUCAACAUCCCGGCGCUUGUCAGCAUGGAAGUUGUCUGCCGGCGCAUUCAGGCGAUCGUAGAUGCCUACAGCCAUCCGUCCAAGCCAUCAUGGGAAAAUGCCAAGAUCUUCACAGGCAUGGGAAGCCCGGAAGACAUUGUGUCUCCAACGUUCCGCACUUAUGCUGCCAAGAAGAACAAGGACGAGCUUGAGCUCUUGCAGGCUCGUCAGAAGGUGCGUGAGCUGCGUGGUGGACAUGGUGGAGAAGAUGCGGACGCCCCAAAGCGAAAGCCAAAACGGGGGCCAAAGGAGGAGGGGGGCAGGGCGAUCCAUGAUGAGCAUGGAGGAGGUGUGAUGAAGGCUGGCAUGGAGCAGCCUGGACCCGCUGCGAAACCUAGCGGUGGUGAAAGAAGCCUGUUUCCUCUGCCAUUUUUUGCAUGCCCAGCCAAGAAAUUUGGCUGCUCACGCCCUGUCAAGCAGCGGCGUGACAGAAUUCGUCGAGCUGUCGAAAACUGCAAUGAAGCUAUCUUUGGUCUCAACUGGCUUUCUGGUCAUCGGGACUGCAUUCCGGAUGGCAUUUUGGUUGACGGUCUUCAGCAGCAGGUGAUGGCACGUGUGGAUGGUUUGGUUCAAUGCCAAAAGCCCAGUGGUGCCAUUGACCGCCCUGAGGCAGCACUGAGGUCGCUGCUCAAGGGAGCCUCCCCGUAUGACUUGGGGAUCUCCAACGAGACACUCGCGCCCUACCAGUAUGACCUUGUGAGCGUCCCUCAGGAUAUCAAAGGAUGUCCUGACCUUGUGGAUGUCCUUGACGCUCAUGACCGAUCUUUUCUGGAGCAGGAGAGAGAGCUGAUGAUGAAAUCCGCCAGUGAGGUGGAGAGUUCGAAGCUAGUUCCAUACUGGGACCCUGUUUUGAAGCAUAACAAGCGUGCUUACUACAGGUUGGUGCGGCGAUUGCAGCAGAUUGGGUACUUCACCUACACCCUGGACCCUAAGUGUAAGGUUGGUGUGUUUUUUGUCUGGAAGUCCUCACGGACUAGGCUGAGGAUGAUCACCGAUGCCCGCAGUGCCAACAGGCUCUUCAAGGAGCCCCCUGGCGUCAGCUUGAUGACUGGUGAAGGACUGGGAAGAAUUGAAGUGGCAUGCGGGGAGACCGUCUUCUCUGAUCCGGACGCCAUAGACGCACUUAGCAUAUACAUUGGGUUAUCUGAUGUCCGAGACUGCUUUCAUAGAAUGCGGGUGCCACAGUGGUUGGCAAAAUACUUUGCCUGGGAGCCGGUGCCAGCCUACUUGCUGGGCUUGGAGGGCGCAGUGUUAGAAGGGGUGACCUUGGGAAGAUAUGAUAUGGUUUGGCCAUGUGCUGGCUCUCUUUGUCAAGGUUUUUCUUGGUCGCUUUUCUUUGCUCAACGUGCCAAUGAACACCAAGCUUCACUGACAGGGCCACUGCGUGGUGCCCAUCUUGCAAAUGACCGAGGUGGGCCUGUGGUGCUGAAUGUUGGUAAGAUAGGGACGGAUGACAGAUAUUUCUACGUGUAUGUGGAUAAUCUGGGUGUUAUAGGUUCAGACAAGGAAAUGGUAGAUCUGGCCAUGAGUGAGUUGCAGGAUGCUUUCAAUGGACAAGGUUUGGAGCUGCAUGGAAGUGAGGUUACCAAGGACUAUGUGGAAGCCUUGGGAUGUGUUUUGGAAGGGAAGGAGAUGCGCAGUCGCUGCAAUCCUCGCCGUCUGUGGCGAAUCCAUCAUGGGAUCAGGGGACUGCUGCGGCGUGGCAAAUGUUCUGGUAAGGUGUUGGAGAUCAUCAUUGGUCAUUGCACCUUCCUGGGGUUGAUCUGCAGACCCAUCCUUUCCAUUUUUCAUGCGGUGUAUCCUUUCAUGCGAAAGCAUUAUACAGAGGUUGCAUGCCUUUGGAAAACCGUGCGUGAAGAGCUUCAGGCGUUCAUGGGGGUUUCAUUUUUGCUGGUUCAAGACUGGUGGAGGCCCUGGAAUCCCAUGGUGACAUCAAGUGACAGCUCACUAGUGGGCUAUGGCAUUUGCAAGAGCUGGUGGCCUAGGCAACUCGUUGCUGAGGUGGGCCGAAUCCAAGAGAGAAGCCGGUUUAAGAGAUGUGACCGUCACUCUGCCAGAGAGAGCGCACUCACAGCUGCUGGUUUCCACUUACACAAUAAUGCCUGGACUUUGAUGGAUGGAAAAACUUUAUUGGCGCUAGCUGAUGAGGGUUGGGAAGUUUCAAGUGAGUUUCCUGAGGUUCCGUCUGGAAGUCUUAAACGGCAUUUGUGGAGUCCUGUUUCUUGGGGAAAGUGGAAACAUGAUGAGAACAUUGGCGUGUUAGAAGCUCGAACUGUUUAUAAAGCUGUGAAACGUUUGUGUAUGACUAGGUAUGGACAUGAUAUCAGACAUGUGCAUCUGUGUGACAACCUUGGGGUCGUUUUGAGUGUUGAACGUUGUAGAUCGAAGAAUUUUAAGAUCCUAAAGGUUGUACGUUGUAUAGCUGCUUUUUGUCUGGCAAGAAACGUUCACUUGAGCGUCCGAUGGAUACCUAGUGAACUGAAUGUUUCGGAUGAGCCCUCUAGAGUGCAUGACAAUGCUGAUUCCAAGCUGUUGGUUGAUUUGGUUCGCGCUGAUGAUUUUGAGUCUUUUUCACCUCAAGCCUCCCGCGCACAAACUGCUCAUGCCAACACGCAGACGCAAGCUGGUUGCAACACAGCCAACCGCAGCAGCACCCAAGCAUGCAAAGCAGCCAGCGAGCAGAAGCCGGCAGUUGACUCUGGCAUCAGAGACAAAACCAGUCGAGAGGAGGACGGCGGGAAGAACCAGGGACGCCUGAAGGACACCAAAGUGACUGGUUUUUGUCUUCCAAAGACAGACUUAGAGUUGGACAGCAUCGUCAGGAAAAGACAGCGGCUCGAGGAGGAGGAAGAGACAGACAGUGGGAGCACUUCAUCAGAAAUGAGGGAAGAAGGAAAAGGAAAGAGAGAUCGCAUUUUGCGAAAACGGCCAAGAAAGCAACUGCAGCAGAGAGUGGAUCAGCUGAUGCAGCAGACCUUGCCCGGGAAGUCGCUGUUGGAGACAGCAGCCGUGUCUUCCAGGGCCAGGGAGCAAUACAACAUCCGCUGGCAAGAGCUGCAGAAACUGGCGUCGGCAAAGAGAGUCAGCUUCGCCUCUGCCGAAGCCGUGGAUCAGAUGCUUGUGGAGCUCUUCAACCAGAAGUUCAUUCAGGGGGAGGGAGCUCACUACGGCGACUACGUUCUGGCUGCCUUGAUGGACCAGAGACCAGAAUACGGUCGUCUAGGCAGCCAGAAGAUACCCAGAAGCUGGAGAGCAAUGAAAGGUUGGAGAAAGUUGUGCCCAUCUCGCUCGAGGCUUGCUUACCCUUUGGCUGUUUGGUGCGGCCUGAGCUGGCGGAUGGUGGUGCAUGGCCAUGUUUCCAAGGCCUUGUUCAACCUGCUCCAGGUCUCAACUUACCAUCGACCUGGGUCACUACUCAGAUUGAGGAAGAUGGGGCUGGUAAGGCCCACAGCUGGGGUGACUGGCACUUGGUCAAUGGUGACCAGCUUGAGCGAGACAACAGAGACUUCGAAGGUGGGGGCACAAGACGAAAGCAUCUUGCUGGACUCGGAGUGGCUUCAAUUUGCGCAUCCAAUGUAUCAAGUUCUCAGCCGAGGAAAGCCGAUGGACUAUGUCUGGGACUUCACCUACCCGGAGUAUCUCAAGAUCUUCAAUCAGUGUGCUGCCGAGCUGAGGGUUCCGGUAGUGCCGUAUCAAGCCCGACAUUCGGGCCCAAGCAUCGACAGGGCAACAAAGUUCAGAGAUCUGGAAGAGGUCAGAAAGCGAGGGCAGUGGCUCACGCGGCAGAGUGUGAUGAGAUACGAGAAGGCAGGAAGAUUGGCUGCAACGUGGCAGAAGCUGAGUCCCUCAACACAAGCUGCGUGCAAGAGCGCGGAGCGGUACAUCGAGGACAUUAUGCUAGGCCACGACUUUCCAACUGGUGGAGUAGCUCGAGCUGCUCGCGCUCUUGGUUUUAGCACGCGUGAAUGGGAGCUACUUCAGGGAGAGAAUCACGAUUUAACGAAACCUGCAGUUCAAAGCAAGAUCAAAACUGACAUUCAAAGAGGUUUGGUUCUUGCUGCGAUGUUGGCUCCACCUUGUUCUUCUUUUUCACAAGCGCGUGAUCGAACUAGAGUGAUCCGAACUCGUGAUUGUCCCUGGGGUUUACCAAAUCUCCCUUUGCAUGAAGUUCAUAAGUUGGAGGUCGGCAAUGCAUGUUUUAGGGCUGCGAUCAAGAUCAUUAAGUGGUUGGACAAACAUGGCAUUCCUUGGAUCUUGGAAAACCCUUCUACCAGUAAGGCUUGGUUUUUACCACCUCUUGUACAACUUGAACAGGCAAAUCACACGCAGAGCAUUGUGACCGACUUCUGUCAAUUUGGCACCAGGUGGAGGAAGCGCACCAAACUAUUGGUAGGUAACAUGGAUCCGGACGACAUUGCGAGGUGCUGCAGACUAUGUCAUGGUCCCCCAGGUGGUUGCUCACGUACUCACAAAAAGCACUUUCAACUCACUGGUAGCGCUCGCAAUGGCGUCCCCUGGACUCGAAUAGCCCAACCGUAUCCACCACAACUAUGUCAUCACUUGGCCUAUUCUUUGCUAUGUCGAUACAUGAUGCCGACUACAACUUAG